AUGGACCCCAAAACUCAUCAUCCCGUCUUCCUCCUCCUCCUCCCUUUUCUGAGCCUCGUGCUCCUCACCGCCGCCGAUGACGCCGCCGUCAUGUCAACUCUUCUCACUUCCCUCUCGCCGGCCCCUCGCGGCUGGUCGGCCUCCACCUCCUUCUGCAGCUGGACCAACGUCAACUGCGACUCCACCUCCAAUUUUGUCACCUCCAUUGACUUAAACUCCGCCGGAGUCUCUGGUUCUCUUCCCCCUGAGCUCAACCAGCUUUCCCAGCUCAGAUCCCUCGCGGUUCAGAGAAACUCACUCACCGGAACACUGCCCUCUUUCCAGAACAUCACUUCCCUCGAACAAAUCUACCUUGACCAGAACAACUUCACAUCUGUCCCUAACAAUUUCCUCUUGGGCCUACCGAAUCUUCAGACUUUCAGCAUAAGUCAGAACACGAACCUACGUCCUUGGCAAAUCCCUUCUUAUUUGACUGAAAGCUCGAAUCUCGUCUCCUUCUUUGCUAGUAAUGCCGGUAUCACCGGCAGCAUCCCGGAUAUUUUCGGGUCUUUCCCCAAUCUGCUAAAUUUGAGGCUGUCGUACAACAAUUUGACCGGAUCUUUGCCCCGAUCUUUCUCCGGGUCCGAGAUUCAAAAUCUCUGGCUCAACAAUCAAGGUUUGUCUGGCCCAAUUGAUGUGUUGGGUAACAUGGUUCAGUUGGAGCAAGUUUGGCUGCACGCUAACUCGUUUUCAGGUGGGCUUCCCGAUCUGUCCAGAUGUGACUCCUUGUUCGAUUUGCAGUUGAGGGACAACAGGUUUACUGGCGUGGUUCCACCUUCUCUGAUGGCUUUGCCCGCUCUUGUCAACAUUACUCUGCAGAACAACAAGUUGCAGGGUCCUUUUCCGCAGUUUCGAGCGGGAAUUCAUGUAGAACUUGGGACCACCAAUAGCUUUUGUUUAAGCGUACCAGGGCCAUGUGAUCCGCAGGUGAGCACCCUUCUUGAUGUUGCGGCUGCUCUAGGGUAUCCCAUGUCUUUGGCCGAGUCAUGGGAAGGGAAUGAUGCCUGCCAAGGAUGGAGAUUUGUUAAUUGUGAUGCACGAAAUGUGACCAUCGUGAACAUGGGCCGACGGGGGUUCUCGGGCACUAUCUCACCCGCUUUUGCCAAUCUGACCUCUUUGAGGAAUUUGGUAUUGAACGAUAACAAUCUCAUUGGCACCAUUCCUGAUGCCCUUACUACUUUGCCUCAGCUUCAAAGCAUAGAUGUGUCGAACAAUAACUUAUCCGGGACUAUCCCGACAUUUCGAGCCGAUGUGAGAUUUAAUCACAAUGGUAAUUUGCUUCUCGGUAGGAAUAUAUCUGGUGGAGGUGGGCCCCCGGGAUCUCAAAGUGGGAAUUCGAAUGGAAGCACGUCUGGAUCGGGAAAGGGCUCGUCUGGUUCUGUUGCUAUGAUUGCUGGGGUUGUGGUGGCCGUAUUGGUAUUUACAGGAGUUUUGUUGUUUGUUUCCUAUAAAUGCUAUAUCAAGAGACGGCACAAGCGAUUUGGCCGGGUCGAGGGGUCCGAGAAUGGGAAGGAGUUAUUUAAACCCUAUGGGAACAACGGUGGUGGUGUGAGUGGGUAUAAUGGAGUUCCAAGCGAGCUACAAAGCCAGAGCAGUUGUGGGGACCACACCGAAAUACCCAUUUUCGAGGGUGGAAAUGUUACAAUCUCCAUACAGAUUCUCAGACAGGUGACAAACAAUUUCAGUGAGGAUAAUGUGCUGGGCAGAGGAGGAUUUGGGGUCGUUUACAAGGGGGAAUUGCAAGACGGGACUAAGAUUGCUGUGAAGAGAAUGGAGUCUGGGGUGAUGGGUACAAAGGGACUGAACGAGUUCCAAGCCGAAAUUGCUGUCCUCACCAAAGUUCGACACCGGCAUUUGGUUGCGCUCUUGGGGUACUGUAUUAAUGGCAACGAGAGGCUUCUGGUUUACGAGUACAUGCCCCAGGGGACUUUGAGCCAGCAUCUGUUCGAGUGGCAGGAGCAUGGCUAUCCUCCUCUCACUUGGAAACAGAGAGUGACAACAGCUUUGGAUGUGGCCAGAGGAGUUGAGUAUCUUCACAGUUUAGCCCAACAGAGUUUCAUUCACAGGGAUUUGAAGCCCACAAACAUACUUCUCACGGACGACAUGAGAGCAAAGGUUGCGGAUUUUGGAUUGGUAAAAAAUGCACCGGAUGGUAAGUAUUCUGUCGAGACGCGAUUGGCUGGAACUUUUGGCUAUCUUGCACCUGAAUAUGCUGGGAAGCUUCCUCACAGAUUCCAUUUUUUUAAGGUUGCUGAACUUCUCAAUGAGAGUAAGAGAUCAUGGAAUGCUGCUCUAAUCAAAGAUAUAUUCACUGAGGAAGAGGCUGCUGCUAUUCUCAACAUAAAGACACUCACACCUGAGAAAUUUGACAAAUGGUGCUGGAAAGGUAACAAAAUCGGAAAAUUCUCAGUGGCAACACCUAUGCCCAUCUGA